CUGGCUGGACUUAGCGGUGCCCCCGCGACGCUGUGCAGGCUGCGAGCUCAUCAAGAGGGGAGCGACGGCGGCGGCAGUCAGCCUGACAAGGCUCCCAGAGCUGCAUUCCUUCAGUCUCCUUCCCCCUGCCUGUGUCCGGGAGCCUCGUGGGCAUCCUCAGCUUCUAGCGGGAAGAUGCGGUGUGGGGCCGGGCCUCUGGCCGUGGUGGCAGCAGUGUUUUGGACUCAGUGCAUCCUUCUGCAAGGGGUGGAUGCCAAGAAAGAGCGAAAGAGGCCAAAAGAGGCCCCUCCACAACACACAGAGGCAUUCAAUACAACUCUAUCCAACAGCGAAGAAGUUGGUGGAAGCAUCAAGCUUCCUGAUCAACAGAGGGUGGAUCCUCUGGGGUCGUGGAUGGAUUUUGUCAAAAGACCCGUUGGAAACUUUCACGGAAAGUGCCGCAAGCGCAAACGACCGCUGCCCGGCCCACCCGGUCCCCCCGGCCCUCCCGGCCCUCAGGGACCUCCUGGCUCUCCCGGGGCCGAAGUUACCCAGGACGUUCUCCUCAUGGAGUUUAAAGAAAUGAUUAAAGAGCGGAGAGCAGCUGCCCCCGACAGGCAGACCAGCCCCAGCCAGCUACCAUCGACCCUGCUCACUCUGGAGGGAAUGACCUACAGACGAAUAGACGAAGCUUUCCACUGCAAGCUCAAGGGACCCGUGGUGGUGGACAAGAAGACUCUGGUGGAGCUCCAGAACUUUCAGACGCCACCAGCUAAAGGAGCUUUCCUCAGAGGUUCUGGAAUGGACCAGUCCACCGGGAGGUUCACAGCUUCCAUCACAGGGAUCUACCAGUUCUCUGCUAAUGUCCACAUUGAUCACAACGAGGUGAAGAGGAGUAAGAGUCAACUCAAGGCCAGAGACAAUGUUCGGGUGUUGAUCUGCAUUGAAUCACUCUGCCACAGAUACACCUCGCUGGAGAUGAUCGUUGGAUUAGAAAGCAACAGCAAGAUCUUUACCGUCAGCGUUCAGGGGCUGCUGGAGCUACAGGCUGGCCAGUACACUUCUGUCUUUGUGGAUAACGCCGCCGGUGCUUCCAUAACAAUACAGAACGGUUCAGAUUUCAUGGGCAUUCUGCUUGGCGUAUAG